AUGCCCCGGCGCAGGGCGGAGGAUGCCGACCGCUUCGAGCGAUCGGUGACCCGCGCGGCGCUGCUGCAGAUGGCCCGCGAGGCGGGCUUUGUCUCCGCACAGGAGCACGGGCUGGAGGUGCUGGGCGAGGCGGCCAGGGCGAGGGUGGGGACGCUGUGCCGCCUGGCCCGGUGCUACGCGGAGGUCGGCGGGCGGACAGCGGUGAACGCGGACGAUGUGGCUUGCGCACUGGAUGAGCUCAAAAUGUCUGUCAGUGACCUCAAGAAACUCAAGGACAGAAAGGCUGUCGGGUUCGCAGCCACAUUGCCCAAGCUUCCAGUCCGGGUGAAGGUCAAACGAAGGCCCACAUUCAAGGAAACUGAAGAGUUGCCUCCACCACACAUCCCAGGCUUCCUCCCUGUUUUCCCUCCUGAGCACACGUACAGAGAAACUCCUGAGUACUCCCAAAGUCAAGUUAAUUGGAGGGCCAGGGCAGCCAAAGUUCAUGAAGCCAAGAAGGAGGCUGAAAAUGCUUUGAUGAUGAUGGCUGGUGAAGAGCAGCCAGAUAAUCCUUUUGUUGCGAGCAAGUUGAUGGCCGAGGGGGAGACAUGGGAUGGAGAUUGGGCUAGCAAGCAAGAGAAAGCCGACAAGAAAAGGCCCCGGUCGCUGCUCAGCAUCCCCUCUCCAGCAAUGCGGCAAAUAUUGGGCCCUGUGGUGGACAUGGCAACUGCCAAGCGCAAGAAGCCUCGCAAUGCAUUUGGCGGGAAGGAGCAGAAGAAGUCUAAGAAGUCCGACUCUUCGAUGCCAGCACCUUUGGCAAGGGUGGUUGAGCCAGACGCGUCGCGCACCACGCCAGAGCCGUCCAGCACCAAGCCAGAGCCGUUCAAUCCAGUUGAGCCAGAUUCUGUUGUGGCUGAGGUCUACCCCCCCACGCAGUCCACAGAGUUUGGAAUGAGCCAGAUGCUGAAGUACAUGGGGUCGCAGCCGAGUGUGACAUUCCCCACCCAUUCACAAUUAGGAGACAAGCAAUCCUUGGAUGGCACGUUACCUGUCGUCACAAAGGGGUCGCCGGUCAGGAAAGUUGGUGGGAAUGCAGGGAGUUUGGAAGGUGGCGUUGGGGUGGGGGACAGCCCUGUGUCUGGUGAUGGCCAAGGGGACUGCAGCAUGGAUGGGCUUGAUGUGGUAGAACUGGGCAGGGAUGUUGAACUGGCGCUCACAGAGGAUGCGAUUCAGGACAGCGCAUCUGAGGGUGGUGGUUGA